AUGAGAAAUAGUUGUUGUCAGGACAGAGGUAAUAUUGGACACCCCACACACACAUCUCCUCCUCUCUUUUAUUCUUUCUCUCCCCCCUCUCUUUUAUUCUUUUCUCCCCCUCUCUUUUAUUCUUUUCUCCCCCCUCUUUUUUAUUCUUUUCUCCCCCCUCUCUUUUAUUCUUUCUCUCCCCCCUCUUUUAUUCUUUCUCUCCCCCCUCUCUUUUAUUCUUUUCUCCCCCUCUUUUAUUCUUUCUCCCCCCUCUUUUAUUCUUUUCUCCCCUCUCUUUUAUUCUUUCUCUCCCCCCUCUCUUUUAUUCUUUUUCUCCCCCCUCUUUAUUCUUUUUCUCCCCCCUUUUUUAUUUUUUUCCCCCCUUUUUAUUCUUUUUUCCCCCCCUCUUUUAUUCUUUUUCUUUUCUCUCCCCCCUUUUAUUCUUUUUCUCCCCCUUUUAUUCUUUUUCUCCCCCUCUUUUAUUCUUUUCUCCCCUCUCUCUCUCACUCUCUUUUAUUCUUUCUCUCUCUCACUCUCUUUUAUUCUUUCUCUCUCUCCCUCUCUUUUAUUCUUUCUCUCUCUCUCCCUCUCUUUUAUUUUUUCUCUCUCCUCUCUUUUAUUCUUUCUCUCUCUCUCCCUCUUUUUUUUUUCUCUCUCUCCCUCUCUUUUAUUCUUUCUCUCUCUCCCCUCUCUUUUAUUCUUUCUCUCUCUCCCCCUCUCUUUUAUUCUUUCUUUUAUUCUUUCUCCCCCUCCCUCUCUUUUAUUCUUUCUCUCUCCCUCUCCCUCCCUCCCCUUCUCUCUCCCUCUCUCUCUUUGAAUAUAACCCAUUUCUUUCAACCCUGUAUCUCUCUUCCUCCCCUCUCACUCUACUUCCAUCUCGGUCUCUCUCUCGCGCAGUCCUUCCAUCCCGGUCUCUCUCUCGCGCUACCCUUCCGUCCCGAAAAGAAUAAUGAAGGAUUCUCUCUCUUCUUUCUUCUCUCUCUCUCUCUUUUUCUCUCUCUUCUUUCUUCUCUCUCUCUCUCUUUUUCUCUCUCUUCUUUCUUCUCUCUCUCUCUCUUUUUCUCUCUCUUCUUUUUUUUCUCUCUCUCUUUCUCUCUCUUCUUUCUUCUCUCUCUCUCUUUCUCUCUCUUCUUUCUUCUCUCUCUCUCUCUCUCUUUUUCUCUCUCUUCUUUUUUCUCUCUCUCUCUCUCUUUUUCUCUCUCUUCUUCUUUUUCUCUCUCUCUCUUCUUUUUUCUCUCUCUCUCUUCUUUUUUCUCUCUCUCUUCUUUUUUCUCUCUCUCUUCUUUUUUCUCUCUCUCUUCUUUUUUCUCUCUCUUCUUUUUCUCUCUCUUCUUCUUUUUCUUCUCUCCUUUCUUUCUCUCUUCUUUCUUCUCUCCUUUCUUUUCUUUCUUCUCUCUCUUCUCUCUCUUCUCUCUCUUCUUUCUUCUUUCUUCUCUUUCUUCUUUCUUCUCUCUCUUCUUUCUUCUCUUCUCUUCUUUCUUCUCUUCUCUUCUUUUUUCUCUCUCUCUUCUUUUUUCUCUCUCUCUUCUUUUUUCUCUCUCUCUUCUUUCUUCUCUCUCUCUUCUUUCUUCUCUCUCUUAUUUCUUCUCUCCUUUCUUUUCUUUCUUCUCUCUCUUCUUUCUUCUCUCUCUUCUUUUUCUCUCUCUUCUUUCUUCUCUCUCUUCUUUCUUCUCUCUCUUCUUUCUUCUCUCUCUUCUUUCUCUCCUUCUCUCUCUCUCUCCUCUCUCUCUCUCCUCUCUCUCUCUCCUUCUCUCUCUCUCCUUCUCUCUCUCUCUCCUUCUCUCUCUCUCUCUCCUUCUCUCUCUCUCUCUCUCCUUCUCUCUCUCUCUCCUUCUCCCUCACUCAUUAUUCAUAGCAAGGGCUGAAAAAUAG